AUGAUCGACAUCGCCUUCGGGGGCGACGGGGCCACCAAACCUCUCCCCCUCAUCUCCGGCCACUCAACCCAUAAUCUCGGUACGCAGGAAAUCCGUCUCAUAUAUGAAACUAUACCGCAACAAAUCGAUCAAUCCAAACCGCUUUGGAUAUAUCAAUAUCGGAAUAGCUGCGAAAAGGAAUGGAAUUCUUUCUAUGCGUUUAGUGAGCAUGAAUUUUUAGAUGUGGAUUGGGAGAUGGUGAAUUUUUAUGUGAGUGGGUAUAUGGGGGAGGGGAAUUUUCAGACGAGGAAUGUUUUGGUGGUGGGGUUUUUGAGGGGGAGGGAUGAGGGUGAGGGUGGUGGGGAGGGGGAUAGGGAGGGUGGUGAGGAGGUGAUCAUAGGGAAGAGAAUGUUGGUUAAUGGGGUUUUGAAGGAGAAUUUAGGGGGAAAGACGAGGGUUGUACGGGUUUGUGAAAACGAAGAGGAGAGGGUGAGGGUUUUGAGGGAGGUUUUUGGGAUUGUUUUGUUAGACGAGGAGAUUGCUGGGAUUAGGGGGAGGUGUGUAGAGUUGAGGGGCGAGAGGGAUGGGGAUGGUUCGGGUGUUGUGGGGGAGAGGAAGAAGUAG